AUGAAGCCCAGUGACGGUAAGGCGGCGCAGGAGGAGGGCAAGUACUUGGGGGUGCGGAAGCGGCGGUGGGGGAAAUGGGUUUCGGAGAUCCGGCUGCCGCGGAGCCGGGAGAGGAUCUGGCUCGGCUCCUACGACGCCCCCGAGAAGGCGGCCCGGGCCUUCGACGCUGCCGCCUUCUUCCUCCGCGGCCCCGCCGCCCGCCUCAACUUCCCCCACCAUCUCCCCCCCGACGCUCACACCGCGGCGCUUUCCCUCGACCAGAUCCAGGCCGCGGCCGCGCGGCACGCCAAUGAGCCGCCAGCGGAGCCCUCGGUUGCUGCGUCGGCGUCGGGGGCGACGGAGAACCAUGGGCUCGAUGAGUCCAUCAUCAGUUUCAUGGCCAUGGAUAGUAGCGCGGACUUCCCUUCGCUCUACGAGGAUUUCUUCUUUGGGUUUUCCGCGGAGGCCGAGCCACCGCCGCAAGAGCAUGAUGUCGUCGGCGUCGACCGACACGACUGGAAUGAGGCGUUUGAUGAAUUCCCUUCUCUCUGGAGCUUCUGACUCUGAGGAGGAAGAUGAAGAAGCGGCUCGGCAACACUUAUUUUUUUAUACUGUUGCCGUAUAUACAUGUAUCGAUUACUGGUAGAGAUUAUUACUUCUCUCGAUCCUUUUCCCUUCA